GAUACUUAUUUAUAGCAUAUUUAUCGCACAUAUAAAGUGUAAAACACAUUUAUUGUACAAUAUUGCACUUAGCGAGCAAAGAAAGUAAAAUGACGAUGCGACCAGAUGAUCACCGACGAAAAUGGAAUAAGAACGAGUAUGAAAAGUUGGCACAAGAGCGCCUGCUUAACCAAGCGGCACCAAAGGACGAAGAGCCCGUUCAACGCGAGAACCUGAAGAGACGCGAUUAUAAGGUCGACUUAGACAGCAAAUUGGGCAAAAGCGUUGUGAUAAACAAAAACACACCUACCUCACAAUCUGGCGGCUACUAUUGUAAUGUGUGCGACUGUGUGGUCAAGGAUUCCAUUAAUUUUCUGGAUCACAUCAAUGGAAAGAAGCAUCAGCGUAAUCUGGGCAUGUCCAUGAAGGUAGAGCGCAGCACCGUUGACCAGGUGAAAGAUCGCUUUCAACAGAACAAACAAAAAAUGGCUGAAAAACAAAAAGACUACGAACUGGAAAAGAGAUUGCGCGAGGCCAAGGAGGAAGAGGAACGUUACAAGGAGCAUCGAAAGGAGAAAAGAAAAGAACGGAAACGUAAAGCAGAGGAAAAUGAUGAAUUCGCAACGACUGGCCUGCCCGACGAUAUGGCAGCAAUAAUGGGUUUCUCUGGAUUUGGCGGAUCAAAGAAAAAUUCAUAGGAAUCAAUUGUUAAG